AUGGAUAACAAGAGGGACGUUUUCGAGGGAGAGUCGCCUCCGGUAGAGUACUCCGAUACCUCUGGCGGCCCCGAUUCAGAUCCUCAACCCGUCUCAUUGCUCUCUUGGACAUUCUCAUUCGCCAAGGUAUUCCUGCUGCUUCUAUCCUAUUUCCUUUCACAGUAUGAUAAAUUCAUCAUCUCGUACUUUCAGCAAGAUGUCGUGGUGGACCUCAACAUUUCCUCGGCAGGAUAUGGAGCGCUCACAGGCUACGGAACAUCCGUCCUCUCCUCUUUCGCCGUCAUACCCAUUGCUAUCUUCACAGAUAGCUCUCAGGCCAGAGUAUGGGCUUUGACCAUCACGAUUCUUUGGUGGUCCCUCAUGGUGAUAUUUCAAUCUUUAUGUCAUGAAUUCUGGCAAGUCAUCCUGGCGAGGUUGGCAAUGUUCCUAGGUCAAUCAGCCAGCGAAGCGCUCGCAGUAUCUCUCAUUGCCGAUAUACUACCCGCUCGAUUCGUCGGUAUCGGCGAGAGUGUCCUCUACGUCGGUGUAUACAUUGGCGAAGCCAUCUCGUCCAGGAUCUCGUCCGUCUUCAUUGAACAGGAUAAGAGCUGGAGAUUGGCUUUUCGAGCUAUCGGCAUCACGGGCCUUGUAUUGGCUGUAGCUACUCGAUUGAUCGUUCGGGAACCUCAAAACAAGCGGAGAAUCAUCCUUGGUCACGCUCAGAGCCCUGGACGACACUUGAUAGCUUCAAUCUCGGAAGUAUGGCAAACUGCGAGGUAUAUCAUGGCGCUGGAGUCGUUCUGGAUCAUCACGUUCAGUUGCGCCUGGAGGCAGUUUGCAGGCAACAUCUUUGGGUACUAUCUACCAACCCUUCUGCAGCUUCAGUAUCCCGAUCAAGUCGCCUACGAGGUCGCUACCUAUGGCACGAUUGUCGGCGCCGUCGGAUCCACUGCCUGCAUGACUGGCGGUAUCCUUACCUCUUUCCUCAGUCCUCGUUACCCCAAUAUUGCUCUACACCUCACAGCAUGGGGAGGAGCGAUAUCCUGGCCAUUCGUAGUGACCUUGACUUUUAGUCGAACGCUCGCCUCGACACCUGAAGGCGGACUCAGGAUUCUUUUUGGCUGUCUCUCUGCAGCUUACAUCACGGCAGAGCUCUGGCUAGGCGCCAUGGCUUCCUUGAUCGUUUCACUCCUCCCUAUACGGUACAAGACACUAGGGUAUGCCAUUUUCGCCCUUAGUCAACUCCUCAUUUGGUCCGCUGGACCAGAAAUCGUCAGUAUCGCUCAGUAUCGCGCGGGAGUCGAUACGAGCGAUAUCCCGAGUUAUAUAGAGACGACACGGAUCAUUCUGUGCGUCCUGAUACCCUUUGGAUACUGCGCUUGUGCGUUUGGGCUAGGGAUCGUCAUCUUCACUGGCAAAUUCAAGCGGGAUCUCGCUCGUGUUCGGGCAGCAGCGAGCGAGCAUGCCACGAUUGAAGAUGUGGCUUUGAGUAAGAAGAGGACAGGCGCAUUUGGGAUAGGUCUGGGCGUACUCGGAGCUAUUGUCGUUGGUCUGACGGCUACGUCUUAUGCUCUGGGUACUUGA